UUGCGCGCGGGAGUGUACAAAAAUUUGUUUGGAGAUUUGACUGUUCUGCCAAAAUUUAGUCUGAAAUCACUGUGUAAUGUUACUUAAAUAGUAAUAUUUAAUAUGGUCACUGAUACCUUGUUAAUAUAAUACCUAUUUCUGUUUGGAAAUGUUUUGAAGAGAGUUCAUAAAGAUGGCUGUAAAUAUUCAGAUGCACAAGAUUCACCAAAGUAUUGGACUGAUCCAUAAGAACUUAGAAUGCUCUGUUUGCUUGGAAAUGUUGCAAGACCCAGUAUCUACCAAAUGCGGGCACCAGUUUUGUAGGUUCUGCAUACUGGCUGUUCUACAAACAAAGCCCACAGCUCCCUGUCCUUUAUGUAAGAAAGCAAUUACAAAGCGAGGUCUCACAGAAAAUAAAAGAUUAAAAGAAAUAGUAGCAGCUGUUGGUUUGGUUACAACAGCAAUUGAAGAGGACAGUGGGACAAAGUGUUCCCCUCCAAGGGGGGCAGUCAUUUUAUCACAGUGCUCCCAGCCCACACCAUCUCCUGCUCAACCUAGACAGAAUCAAAAGAAAUCAUCAAAGAAGCACAAAAGUAAUACAAGAAAAGCAAAUUUGAGAAAAAGUACACAGAAAUCUACAAGCUCAAUGGAAAUUUUUAUUGAUGGUGAUGACAUUGAUGACAACAUUCAGAUACAAGAACCUAGUAGAAGCAACAUAAACAUCAGCAACAGUUUUCCUACACCAUCUAAUGCAAAAAACUAUCAGAAAGACCAUGAGAAGGAAAGUAGCCUCCUGGCUGCCCUCAAGAAGGCACCACUUAGGCCUACAUCUAAAGAUGUCGAGAAUGAUUGUGAUGAAAUAAGUUUUAGGGCUGAUAAUGGAAUCUCACUUUUGAAACAACAAAGUCCUUCAAAACAAAUGACUGAAGGUGUAUUAGAUCCGUAUGAAUUUAUUCCAAGCCAAAGAACUCCAAAAAAGAAAGCCAAAAGGAAAGGAGUGAGAAAAGCGUUAAAGUUGAGGGUAAAUGCUAACAAGCAGCUACCACCUAAGCGUGUGGCAAUUCAGGUUGAGGAAUCUAGACAAGAGAAGAUGAAGACUGUUGAUGAUAUUGAUGUUCAUUUGAAUGGAAAUAAUGAGUUAGAAGAUGACUGGAAUGGUAAAGAGGUGGAGUUAAAGACUGUUAAUAAAACAAAAAAGCAAGGAGGUAUUCUUUCUGAUAAUGGACUUCAUGAAUUUGAUCACAUAGAUUCUGAACACAUAGCAGAGCAGUGCCUCGAUGUACAGUACCAGAUUGUGGAUGCACAGAGCCAUACCAUUGAGAGAGAUAGGACUGAUGUCAAUGAAGAUGUAAUAGAUGAAUCUGAACAUAGUUGUUUCAACAAAGAAAAAGAAAGUACUUGUGCAAUUGAUAGUGUAGUCAAUAAAGUGCAAUUUGAAGACCAUGUUCUUCAGAAAAAAUCAGCUAAUCAUGAUGAAGGCAGAGAAGAAUGUGAAGACAGUCAUUUAGCUCAGAAAAUUAUAAAUAAGGAAGUUGGAAUGCUUUUUCAGAAGAUAUAUCCAAGCAAACAUUGUAGAAAGACUGAAUUGCCUCAAAAUCAGAGAGGAGGAAGUACACCAGACAUACCAGUGAUAAAUGGAACUGAUGUUGAACAAGUAAACUCUUGUAGCAGUUCUGGAAAUGAAAAUUUAUUGAAACCUCAAGAUUUGGCUACUAAAUCCAUAACCAUUAAAGAUAAUGAUAUAGAAAAGCUCUCAAGGCGAAAAAAGAUGCAGAAAUCUCUUCGUCAGUUUGGUACUUCUGAAGAAGAUGCUUUAAAAACCACUCGUAAAAUUGCAACUCGUAAAAAUGAUAAAAGUGACUGGGAAGUUGCUAUGGAACUAGCACAAGAGUUUGGUACUUUGCCUAAAGAAUUGGGGAACAAGAGACAUAGCUCCAGACAAGUGAAAUCAAAAGUUGAUAUUCGCGGAGCUGCAAUAAACAUAACUGAACAGUCAAAACCUAAAAAAUCGAGGGGUAGAAGACCAAUGCUUCCCCAAGAAAAUUCUGUUACUAAUGAAAACCAAAUUCAGGAAUUUUCAGACAGUUGUGUUGAAGGAAAAUCUUAUUCACUCAGAAAUUCAGGAAAUAAUAAACCUCAUUCAGCAACAACAGAUAGUGAACAUAUCACUAAAUGUGAAGAUCGAAGGCAGACUAGGUCAAUUAAAGCAAUGCUGGAGACUGAUGGAAAUGUGUCAGCCAUUCCACCAUUAAAACUAAUUAAAGCUAGUCCAAGAGCUCAAGGACAACCAUUACCAAAUAUUGUACCAGAAACACCUCUACUUCCAAGGGAAGAAGAGACUGCUAAACUAGAAGUAUCAAGUCUUAUGCAAAAUAUUUCAGGAGAAAAUCAAGCAAAGGAUCUACAUCCUGAAGAUGUUUAUUUAUCUGUCAAUAGUGAAGUUAUUGCAGAUGAUGAUGGAGAGCAGGUAAUGGGACAUUUUUCUGUACAAUCCAAUGCCAAGAUCCAUGAAAACAAGGAACUUAGAAGAUCUAAUAGGCAAUAUCUUUCCAAAAGUCAAAAACAUAAUGACUUAUGUACUUCCGAGUGUACCAAGGACAGGUCAUCAGGACAAAGAAGAAGUAAUAGAAUAAUUUCUAAUACUGAUCUUAGCAAUGAAGUUGAUGACAUUUCAAAAAAUUCAGUUGACCAAUCAACAAAUCUAAAAAAUAGUCCCAAUUCAAAUAAAAGAAAUACUUCAACUGCAGCAAUUCCAAACCAACAAAGCAAUUCUCAACUUAAAGAAAAAUUGAGAAAAGGUUUUCAAAAGGGGGCAUUGUGUAAUUCAGACAAACUGACAUCAUCUACAGGCUUGUUGAGACAACAGGACACAAAUAUAUCAACAUCAAAUGAAGAGGAUGUGCAGCAGAAGGUAAUUUCUAAAGAAGCAGGAGUUGCUGAAGAUGACAAGGAAAAUAUGUUUGGCAUAGAUAGGAUUGCUGUGGAACAGGAGAAGCUUUGUGUUGAUCAGAAUUUAGAAACCUGUAUCGAGGGUGAUACAACAGAUUCAAUUGAAUUAAGUGUCAGUGAUAUUGAGUAUGAAGAACCAUCAAUUGCAAUAGCCAAGAUUAAAGAUACACCAUGCAUGAAUACUGAUGAAAGUAACCAGAAAGCCAAACAGAAAGGAAAGAGAGAAGAUGGACUGAACCAUAAAUCAGUAGACACUCCAGUAGCAUUUGAUACAGGUCUUCCUGACAGAAAUAAAGAUACUACAAGAAGGUCUGCGGAAAAUCUUCAGACGUUCUUGGAAAAUGAUAGCGAUCUUAAAGAUAAUAGCAUCAGAAAAAAUUUCACCCAUAAGAAGAACCAGAAUUCUGAUGAACUAAAGCAAUUUUUAAACAAGAAUGAGUCGAUGGCAAAUAUAUCGGACAAACCAGAGUUGUCGUCUAAGAAUCAGGAACCUCCAAAACAACCUAGAAGGUCCAAAAGGAAAACAUUUGCUCUUGGAAAUACUCCUGAGAAGGAACAUUGCCAAGCCAUUGAAGUUACUACAAAGCAACAAUUUUCUAAGGUUCAAGAAGAUGUUCAGUCCACUGAAAAAAUGCAGCAAAAUGGUAGUAUUCGUUACAAGUCACCAGAGUCUGAAUUGUUUAGUGAUGUAGUAAAUGCAAAUUUGAUAUGUGGUAAUCCAACAGCUCAAAAAGAUUACAACAAUGCUACUUCAAAUAAGGAUGACAUGGCCAAGUAUUCUAAAGAGUGUGUCACACCUCUUGGUACUCCAACUAGCAGUCUUGAAUUUAAUACAAAUUCUGACCUCUUCUCAGAUGCUGAUCAGUUGUCUUAUUCAAUAAGUAGCAGACGUAAAAGUAGAGGACUUUCAUCUCGUCAGGGAAGCCAGUCUAUCAGACGAAGUCCAAGAAUAUCUAGAAAUUGUUUUAAUUCAUCAACUGGAACAAGUCAGAACAGGACAAGAACAGGGACUGCUAAAAAAGAAUGUUCUCUGAAUAUAAAAAGGUCGCAAAGGUCAUCUUCAAAUAAUAUAAACACAGUUUCUAUUGACAACAAUACCAUAACACCUCAAAAGCUUUCCUCCAGCCAAAAGGACUGUACACAAAUCUCAAAAGCAGGCUCCCAAUUACCACAGGCAACAAGUGAGACACAAAACCAUAGUGAUGCAUCUAGUGCAUGUAGUUAUGCCAUUCCUGCUACCAAAGGUGCAUCUCAAUCUGUUGAUAAGCUAACACCUCCAAUAAUUGAUUACAGACCAGUAAUGAAGAGGAAACGAUUAGCACUGAAGGUAAAGAAAUCCAAUAAUGUCAGUGACAGUGUGAAUUGUGAGUUGACAGUGACAGCAAAUGGUACUCAAGACAGUUUGAAAGAAGAGGAAAAGAAUCAACUUAAGGAACACAGUUCUGCCAAGAAUUGUACACUACAGCUCAAUAGCGAUGGAAAUAAGAACAUUGAAAGUGCUCAUAGCAAUUCUUCUGACAUCUGUAAGGAUGUUUAUGGAGAUGAUGAAGCAGAAGUAAAUGUAUCUGAAGUGGAAGUAAAAGAACAUAUAAGAGAUAAGGAUUUAGACUUCAAGUGUGAAAUAAGUACACAAAAUACCACACAUGUCCAGGAAUCACAGGGAAAUAAUGAGAUGCUUACUCAUGUUGGUGGUUGUAGUGACAUUGAUGACGAUGAUGAGGACAACAUUAUUCCACCAACACCAAUCCUUUACCAGAAAUCAUCUGAAUCUAUUGCAAACUCUACCUCAGAACUUGCAACUAGAUUCUCAAAAAAGAGUGUUGGAAAUCCCACAACACUAAAUAUAGAAACUGCUUUGGAUAACACUGAAAGAGAAACUAUCAUAUCUCCAAACAAAGAUGGCAGCAUUUGCUUCGAAAGUAGCAAUUCUGGUAUGUCUACAGGAAGUCAGCAUCUGAGCUUAAGUGUCUUCCAUGAUGUACUUAAUGUACAGAAAGUUCAGCUGAUCAGUCCACUAGGUUCCACACCACUGAGAGUCCCCACAAAGUCAGAGGGCUUAACGAGGGAAUCACAUAAUGUGAUACAUAAAGACAGUCAAGAGGUUGAACUACCUGAUAGUCAGCAGCAGUUAAUUGGAGAGUCAAUUGAAAAUGAGACGAUUGUGGACAACCCCAUGCAAGAGGUGCUGACAAGUCAAGAUUGUCUUGUCGACGAUAUCCUCGAGAGUGAUGAUGAAAAUUGCAGUGAUGAUAAUUGUUCUCCCAACCAUAAUGGAAAUAGUGCAUCAUCCCUUCUGUCAAGCCAAGCUGAAAUCCUUAAUACUCAGGAAUGUGAAACAGCAAAACAGGAGAUGGAAAAGAUUGCGCAAGAGAUUAAAGAAUUAGAAGCAGCAAUGAAAGAUGGCAAAUCUGGAUUGAAAAGUAAUGAAGAAGCUGACAAAAAAUCUAUUAAGAUGGAUGAAACGUUUAAUCCAGAAUGUUUCAGUGAUACAGAGGAUGGGAUUGAAGAAAUUGAAAUAUCCGAUGAGGAGGUUGAUGUAAAUUCUUUAAAAACUGCAAAACAAAGACUGGGUGUAGCACCAGGAAGGUCCCGGAUAUUAAGACCAGCUAUAGAUUCAGAUACUGAUGAAGAUGACCAGUUGGGAGAACUGAGGGAUGUUGGCAGGAACAAGAAAAGUAAUGUGAAUUCUUUUGUUAAGGUACUUGGUGAUACGAAUGAAAUCAAUGGUAACAAAACAGAUGGUUGGACAUCAACACCACCAAGUUCUAACACUUGCCUGAAAUCACCAUCGAUACUGCAUUCACCACGAUCACCAUCACCUCCGCCACCAGUGUGUGCCAAUGAACUUCUUAAAGAGUCACCGCAGGAACUGAAAGAGAAAUUGAGCAGUAUCAAUACAAUUAUGCAAGAAUACAAGAAAAGUGGGCAGAAGAGGAAAAGAACAAUAUUAGGUGAUGUCUGUGGACAGCAUGAUACAACUCCAAAACGUCACAGAGUGGAUGGUACUGAGCAGUCAAACACAGCAUACUGUUCUAAUGUUGGGCUGCCAAUAGAACAUGCUCCUGUUAAAGUUGAGAGGAAUUACUCCUUUGUAGCCACUGGUCUCUCCCGUUCAGAAUUGAAGGAAGUAGAGCAACUUGCACAGAAGUCUGGCAUUCCGUUUGCGAGUACAUUUAACAAUAACACAACUCAUGUCAUUGUGAAAACAGAUGCAAAUCUUGUUUGUGAAAGGACAUUAAAAUAUUUUCUAGGAAUUGCAGGAAAAAAAUGGGUCAUCAGUUUCAAAUGGGUGCGGGACUGUUUACAAGCUGGUUACUUGCUACCGGAGGAAAAGUAUGAGGUCGUCGGUGAUGUUGCAAGUGGUAAUGACCACCAAGGACCCAAGCGAUCAAGGAUGCAGAAAACUUCUCUUCUCCAGGACUACGAUGUCUGUUGUGUUGGUGAAUUCACUAUGUUGACAAAAGGUCAGCUAACUCAGUUGCUAGAGUUGACUGGUGUUACAAAAGUGUCGCAUCCAACGAUGUUCCCCUUCUAUCAGAAUCGCAAGGCCAUUAUCAUUGCUCAACCAGAUGCGGAUCAAGAACCAAUCAAUUUCCAAGGUCUGUUUCGAAAAUUCAAAGUGCCUGUGAUUUCAAGGGAAUGGAUUCUAGAUAGCAUAGCGCCCUCAACUGUCCAGGCGUUAGAUGAUUACCUGCUAUGUGAUGUUCCUGAACAAAUUCUAGAAAAAUACUAAAGGUGAUUGUACAUUGGAGUGAAUUCAACUUUGUAAUAAACUUCAUAAAUUAAUUAUUAAAAACAUGUUUUAAUUAUACUUAUUAUUAGCGCUUGUGUACAUUUGACAUAGGGCACUAACGCUAUUCAGCUUACAAUCUUACAAAGGUUUUGAGCUUGGUCUCUUGUGUUAAGAUAAACAAUUUGAUACAACUUGUAUCCUUUGGUUUGGCACUUUUAUCCAUAAUAUUUUUCUCUAAAGCCCGAAAGUGUAAGUGGGUACUAGGUGGUGUUGUAUGCCAAUCAAUGCGUUUAUUAGUCCCUCCAACUGGACUACUUUUCCCCUACAGAGUGCUGUUUAUGUAUUCCAAGGUUAUUGAUCAAAUAAGCAAAGAAGUAAUUCUAAACACAUUGGCAUUAUAUGCUGUACAGUAUUAUUAAACAUAUCUAUAGUGAUAUGUGAAAUCUAAAAAUCAUAUUUUAAAUGUUUGAUGACAAAAAUAUCCCAUGAAAUGUAAUAUUAAUUUUGAAAUCACAUUUAGUAUGACAGAUAUUGAAAGAUAUACUGUUUUUUGAGUUAAUAACCUUUAAUAAUACAAUUUAAAUUUUACUUGUAUUUUUUAAAUAAUUAAAUUAAAGCAAAAUAUUUUCCUCGCCAAAUGCAUUAAGAAUACUGUUGCAACAUUUUGGCAUAAACCUUUAAAAUUGAGUGGUAAUCAAGUAAACAAUGUUUGUUGUACUAUAAAAUGCAGUGAAACACAGAUUCUGAGUUGUUCUGAUACUUUGAUCGAUUGGAAAUCGGUAGCUUGAAUGAGCAAUUCAAUGCUUUAUAUAUAUUUUAAGAGUUUUUCUUAAAUUUUAGCACAAACAGUGUAUCUUCAAGAUAAGGAUAAGAAAUUUGAUUUUAAGAAAUUUGUCUUUUAAUUAAAACUUGAUCUUGAGCUUAGUUUUCAUUUUGUACAAUUUAGGAGCAAGAAGAGUGGGUAAUUAAGCUGUCUUUUGUUUUCCUUUUUCCCAGUCAUAAAAUGCAUUAAGACUUAUUUGAAAUGCACUGUAGAGUGAAAUUAUUAUUAUUAAACGAACUUUUUCAUCUGAUAUUGGUUACUUGAGAAAUUAUGCGGCAUAUUUCUCCGCAAAUAUAAUGCUUAAUGCAGAGACAGUCUUUUAUACCUGCUAGGGUAAGAUCUGUGUACAAACAAUAAUUAUAUUGACAUUAAUUUUGGAUAUAUAAUUUCUUGUUUUGGAGACAAUAAUGAAAGUACAGAUAUCCUGUACCUUUUAACUAAAAGAAAUGAAAAAUAAAUAUUUGGUUUAAGUAAAUAACAUUGUGGUGUACAUGUUGUAAUUAAUGUAUAUGUCUAU